GAUAAUACACAGACCCCAACUUACACGCUUUUUUGUCUGCUGAAAAUCGGGCAAAGUCUUUCCCUUCUCUAAACACAAAACACUUGCAUUAAAUUAGUCCCAUUAUUAAUUAAUUUAAUCUCCUUUGCUAAAUUACUCUAUUUUCUCUCUCUUCACUCUGUCAGUAGUCACUGUAACCAGAUUUAAAUCCACAUUCUAGAGAGAGAGAGAAAAAGCAGUAAACAUUAUUUUCUCUCUUCUUCAUUCUCUCUCUCUCUUUUUUCUUUUUUUUUUUCUAUAUCUAAUAAUCUGUUUAACAGCUGUAUUUGAACUGAUUUGAAAACCCUAGCAUUUGGAUCACACUUUGAAGUUUCAGAUGUGAAGCAAGCUUCUCUCUUUGGAAAUAUUUUUUAUUUGGAUUUCGUUGCAUUUGGGGGUUGAAGUGGUGAGAGGAAGUGUUUGAAUCGGAGAUGGCGGAGAUUGACAGCGAAGCGGUGGAGGUAGGAAACAAUGCGAGGAGUGAGUCGCCGGUUAGGGUGACGUCAAGCUCGACGGGAGUACCUCCGCCGUUGACGGUGUCAGCGUCGUUUAAGGAGAGUGGAGGGAAAGGUUCGUCGAGGAGGAGAGCUGUUAGACCUAGCUUCGAUGCGGAUAAUGAGUUCAUUACGUUGCUUCACGGGUCGGAUCCGGUGAAAGUAGAGCUCAAUCGGUUGGAGAAUGAAGUUAGAGAUAAAGAUAGAGAAUUGGGAGAAGCACAAGCAGAAAUUAAAGCAUUAAAGAUGUCUGAAAGGCAAAGAGAAAAGGCUGUCGAAGAGCUCACUGAUGAGCUCUCGAGAAUGGAAGAGAAGCUUAAGUUGACUGAAUCUCUUCUGGAAAGCAAGAACCUUGAAAUCAAGAAAAUAAAUGAUGAGAAGAGGGCAUCAAUGGCUGCUCAGUUUGCAGCAGAGGCCACUCUGCGGAGGGUUCAUGCUGCUCAAAAAGAUGAUGAUAUGCCUCCAAUUGAAGCAAUUCUUGCACCAUUAGAGGCUGAACUGAAGCUUGCUCGGCAAGAGAUUGCUAAACUUCAAGAUGAUAACAAAGCACUUGAUCGUCUAACUAAGUCAAAAGAAGCAGCUUUACUUGAAGUUGAAAGGACUGUACAGGUUGCAUUGGCCAAAGCGUCCAUGGUGGAUGAUCUACAAAAUAAAAACCAGGAGUUGAUGAAGCAGAUAGAAAUUUGCCAGGAAGAAAACAAAAUUUUGGACAAAAUGCAUCGCCAAAAAGUUGCAGAGGUUGAAAAGAUUACACAAACAGUAAGAGAGCUGGAGGAGGCUGUUCUUGCCGGUGGUGCUGCUGCAAAUGCAGUUAGGGAUUACCAGCGGAAAGUUCAGGAGAUGAAUGAGGAAAGAAAAACUCUUGACCGAGAGCUGGCACGUGCAAAAGUAACUGCAAAUAGAGUGGCCAUGGUUGUAGCAAAUGAGUGGAAAGAUGCUAAUGACAAAGUGAUGCCCGUAAAACAAUGGCUUGAAGAACGGAGAUUCUUGCAGGGAGAAAUGCAGCAGCUUCGUGACAAGCUUGCUAUAACUGAGCGAACUGCAAAAUCUGAAGCACAGUUGAAAGAGAAAUAUCAAUUGAGGCUUAAAGUUCUGGAAGAGAGCUUGAGAGGAUCUUCUAACAGUCUUAGUCGCAGUACAUCAGAUGUAAGAAGCAUGAGCAAUGGGCCUUCUAGGCGUCAAUCUCUGGGUGGAGCUGAUAACUUCUCAAAACUUACAUCCAAUGGGUUUUUGUCAAAGAAAUCGCCAAGCUCUCAAUUGAGAUCCUCUUUGUCUUCUAGUACAGUUUUGAAGCAUGCUAAAGGAACAUCCAAAUCAUUUGAUGGAGGCACAAGGUCAUUAGAGAGGGCUAAAUUGCUUUUAAAUGGAACAGGCUCAAAUACUUCAUUCAACCAGCCUUCUGACAGAACCAAGGAGAGUGAGGCACAAAAUGAUGAAAAGCCCACUGAUUUUCAGCCUGUGGACACAGAGGAUAAUGUUCCAGGUGUAUUGUAUGAUUUGCUGCAGAAAGAGGUCAUAGCUUUGAGAAAAGCUGGUCACGAGAAAGAUCAAAGCCUCAAGGAUAAGGAUGAUGCAAUUGAGAUGCUUGCUAAGAAGGUGGAAACAUUGACAAAGGCAAUGGAAGUUGAGGCUAAAAAAAUGAGAAGAGAAGUAGCUGCAAUGGAGAAAGAGGUUGCUGCAAUGCGCGUGGAGAAAGAACAUGAGAAUAGGGCGAAGCGGUUUGGUAACUCCAAGGGAUCUGCUGCUCAGCUGCUUACUGGAAGAAAUGUAUCUCGAAGUGGGUUAACACGCAGCACUCAAUGACAAAAAAUUUUAGUUGCAGCAGCGGCAAGGAGCAAAUUUGCAUAGGUCUCCUCGGUCCUUUGUUUUAUUUUUCUCUUUAUAUAUUUUUUUACCUCUACUUUGGUGAUUGAUUAUAAGAUUAUAACUUGCAUGCUGAUGAACCUAUAUUCACUGAAAUUGAUUUGUGAAGAAAUCUGGAAAAAGAGUAAACCAGAGGAAGAAAACCGCUGAAUCUGUAUGCGACUGUCUGACAUAGAGUGCUAUUAUUUCCCUCUGCUUAGAGAUGAACUAAAAAGAAAGGAAAGAGAAAAAAAAAAAAAAAGGAACUAUUGACUAUGGGCUAACCUUUUGUCAGGUUUUCUUUGGAGUGGCCAGUGGUUAUGUUGGGUGUAUAGGUAGUUGGUUUUCUUUUAUUGUUUGCGUUUUGCAGUUGAUAUUUGUAAUCUGCAGUGCAGGUAGUGUGAUUGGCCUUUAAAAAAAAAAAGAAGUUUGUUAAUAUUCUUGUAAUCAAAUCCUAUUCUCCUGUUGGGUUGUGUUAUUGUCCUUUAAUAGCUAUAAUUUGCUUGUAAA